AUGUACGUUCAACAUAAAGGUGUUGCAAUGGAUGCUCCAUUAGCUCCAAUGAUUGCUAAUAUCUUUAUGGCUCAUCUUGAAACAACAUUGAUGGACAGAUUAUUGCAAUUUGGUAUAACACAUUAUCCAUUUUUAAUGAUUUUCAUUCAUUCAUUAAGUUUACCCAUAAAGUGGAAAACGACAAUUUAUCAUAAACCAACGUUUACUGGUCUAUUAACAAAUCCGAAUUCUUAUGUUCCCAGCCAAAAUAAGAAAGCUAGUAUGGUUAGUAUGGCUAAUCGUGCACUCCUUAUAUGUUCAACAUAUACACUAUUAGGCACUGAAUUUAAUGAAAUAAGAAGAAUUGGUUUAGAAAAUGAUUAUCCAUUAUCUUUUAUUGAUACUACUAUUGGGAUUAAACUAAGUCAACAUCGAAAUAAGAUUAAUAGAAAAUUAAAUAAACCAAUAAUUCGAUGUGAUAAGAAGAAAAUAUAUAUCGAGAUACCACUUAUUAGAUCUUUCACAUUAGAAUUAAAGAAAAAAAAUCAUACACCUCUCUAA